AUGACAAAAAUUGCAGGCACGUUGCUGGAAAGAGAGAAUAAUAGAGGAUCCAAUCAGGCAAGAAGGCUCCACGAUAAGAGAUCAUCAUAUUGGGAUGAUCUUCCGCAAGAGCUUCUUGAGAUUAUUUCUAAAAGUCUAAAUAUAGUAGAGUAUCGAAACCUUGGUCGCGUUUGCAGAAGCUGGAGAUUGUUUUAUUCAGAAUUUAAGCAGAGUUUUUUGACAUCUCAUUCACCACUUGUUGUUCAUGCAUCAGCCCAGGUUAACAAGUACUGUUAUUUCUUUGACAUAGCUACUGGAAUGGAAUACAAGAGAAAGCUGCCUCGAUAUAUUUGGGACUUCAAGUUCUGUCUUGGUGUUUCAAGACAUCAAAUCCAAUUCCCUUGCAUGCCCCAGCCUCCUUGUAUUAUGGAUUAUGAUUGUGAUAACCAUGGCAUCUUUGCUUCCUUUGGAUCUCAAGGUCAAGAUUUUCUUAUCAUGAUUCUUUCUAAGUAUGGCUCAAGCUUGCAGUUCCUUACUUGUAUAGAUAAGCAGUGGAAAGAAUACCAUUAUGUUAACAAGGGUUGGCGUAUAUUGGACAUAAUUGUUUUUUAUGGUAGGAUAUAUGUUCUAAACAGUGAUUCUCAGAUUGGGAUAUUCAACCUGAGAUGUUGUGAUUUGAGGUUUUUGGAACUGAAAUCUGCACCUUAUAUCGGCGUUCAUUUUGAUAAGCAGGUUAGGUUGGUGGCUUCAAAUGAUCAGCUAUUUGUAGUUGAUUCUCCUGAACUUUACAGAAUCGACUUGUCAAGGAUGUCCAAUUGGAUUUUCGUUGCCAGAAUCAACUAG